AUGAGAUUUUCUCAGAUGGCUAUAGCAUUAGCCGAGAAUGGAGCAGAUAUUUUAACGUAUCCAUCAGCAUUUUUCUUCGGAACAGGUGCUUAUCAUUGGGAAAUAUUAUUGCGAGCCAGAGCCAUUGAAACUCAAUGUUAUGUAAUUGCUGCUGCACAAACCGGCAAUCAUAGCUCAGCUAGAAAAUCUUGGGGUCACUCACUGGUAGUUGAUCCACUAGGAACAGUAAUAGCACAAUGUUCUGAAGAACCGGGUUUUGUUUUGGCACCAAUUGAUUUAUCAUUAAUUAAAAGUAUUCGUCAGUCAAUGCCUCUGGAAUGCCAUAGACGAUACGAUAUUUACCCAAAAAUGAUUUCAAGUACCUUAUGUAGGACUAAGUCUAUUGAAGAUUUUAAUGAAUUUAAAUUUGGAUCAUCAAUAGUUAAAGGUUUACAAGUAUUUUACAAAACAGAAUUAUCCUUAGCAUUUACCAAUAUUAAAUGUGUCUUACCAGGACAUGUUUUAGUUGCUCCUCUUAGAGCUGUGGAAAUAUUGACUGACUUAUCUAAUUACGAAGUUGUGCUUCUAUUCCUUGCAGUUAAAAAGGACGGUCCACAUGCUGGACAAACCAUUAAACACGUUCAUGUUCAUAUUAUUCCAAGAAAGUCUGGAGAUUUUUUGGUGAAUGAUGAUAUAUACAGAAAAUUACAAAAUGAAAAAUACUGCACUGAUCCAAUGAGAAGCUAUGAUGAGAUGGCACAAGAAGCUAAAUUAUUAAGAUCGUUAUUUUAA